GGGAGCAAAUGUCUUACUAAUCUUAUUAAGGGCUGACGACAGCUGCCAAGUGGGAUGACCACGUCUGGCUGCUGCACAAGGAUAAGGCAGAGGACGGUUCCUGCUCCAAAGAAUUCAGCCUGAGAGAAUUUAGGCUGCAUCACAAACAUUUCUGUGCAUAACCCUUGUUUUUCCUCCUGUAAGCUAAUGAGAACAACCCCAGCACUUGUGUUAGUCUGUGUGUUUGGCCCUUCACACUGGACCAAUGUGCUCCAGGUCCAGUAGAACCGAAGGAGGCUGACUCUGAACAGAGAAAGACUGAUUUAAUUUGUAGUAAAAUAUUAAAGGGAAUUGGAUUAAUCAGACUUCUGUUAAUAUUGUUAAUGCUUGGGGUGUGUUUUACCCUUGUGACACGACAUGCGAUCUUGUACAUGCCAGCACACACACACACACACACACACACCACCCCUCUCCCUCUUCUUAAAGCCUGGAUCUUAGUUAAUGGAAAUUCAGGAGUUCAGUCAUGCUGGAAUUAGGGUCCAUGUAGUGACUGUUGCUAUUUACACUUUGGCAGCUUCUCAAGUCAAAUUCAAAGGCUAACAAGGUUACCUCACCUCUCUCUGUUUUUGUACCUGGUCCAUUUCUGUAACACAUUGGUUAGAGGUGCACGUGGAAAGGACCUGCUGGGCCCAUCACUGCUGAGAUUGCUGUUACUUCUAAGCACCCUUGAAUGAAACUUGUAGAAGAGCUGUGGAGACAAUGAGCUCUGUGAGAUGCCUGCAUUUGGAGUGUCACACUUAAGCCAUUGUGGCUGUCUGGAUCCUUUGGGAAAUAGCAGAGAAAAUGGAUCUAUUUAUGUUGCUGUUUACAUUGGGAGAAGGGGGGACUCUAGGGUAAGUUUGUGCCUACUUAGCAAAAGUGCUCUCACGUGUUGCUUCCCCACUGCUCAGUGUUACAGCUGGUUGGCCAGGAGAUGGUGAAUCUGGACUUGUUGGCAGAUUAGCUUUCCAAGUGCAUUUUAUGGUCUCUGCAUAAGUUUCCAGAUCCGCGUCUAGGUGAUACAUUGCAUAUGUCCCAACCUUACUCCCUUUGGAGUUUACAUCAUUUGUUUUUAAACUUCCAGUAUAUUUUCUCUUCCUUUUCCAAGAGCUGUAAGGAAUUAGCUGCUAAGCAGAAACAGGAGGGCAAUUCUCCUGCUGAUAAAGAGCUGAUUUUGGCCACAGCUGCUGCUGAGUGCAGAGCCUCAAUCUGUAGUGCAGCUUCUCGAGUAGCUGCUGUUGUCAGCUGCCAGAGGAGCAGUGCUAACACCUUCCACAUUGCAGCACAGGCGGGGAGCCCGGUACCGACAGCUCGGAGGUGAGGCCACGGUGGCAAAACUCACAUGGCCAAAAAGAGGUCUGGGCACCUUGGCCUUGUGGCUGCAGCUGAGCCCUGGCCAUCUUCCACGUCUGGGGCUCUGGCUUCACAGAACCUCACCCAUAGAGCAGGCAGCUCCUAGCAAGCUGCUGAGCCUAGUGCAAAAUUGAGGGGAAUGUGGCUGUUUUCUCAACUAUCAAGAGAUUGCAACAACAAACGUGAUUGGAUGAGUCACAGUGUGUCUGUCAUGGUCUCUCUUGCCUCUAGCUUUGUUUUGGCACUUGUGCACCCUGCUUUGGGUAACACCCCACUUCCCAUCCUGGCCAGCCCAGCGGGGCGCUCAGUAAAUGUGUGCAUCCUUAUUCUUAACAUUUCCAUGCUCUGAGCUCUUUGCCUAUGAGCUGGGAGAGAGAGACUUCUAUUCACCUGACUUCCCACAGGUUGCAAAGCUUCUCUGAGGUCACACCAGUGGGACACUGAGAACCUAAUGGGCAGAGGUGUGGACGAGUCAUUUCUCUGCUCCUUGAGCUGGAGAGAUGGGAUGCUGCCUGUGAGCUGGACCUCAGGAUGGUUGUGCUUUAAGGCUGGUUUCCAAAAGCAAGGUCAUUGACCAUUGCUUUCAGUCCUGAACUCAGGGUGAUUGAAAGGAGGAGCGAGGAGUGUUGUUUCCUUCGGUACCAGGAAAUCAGCAUCACCUGUAGGGGCCAAGCUGACAGCUUCUAUUGAUUGCUUUCUGUCUGUCUCCGCUGAUCCCAGCAUCCAGCUGCCUUUGUAGUGCCCUGGAGAACUUUCUAGGCUCAGGUUUCCUGGGCCUUUGGCUUCUCCUGCUGUAAGGAUCUGGCAGGGAAGCUGGUUUUACUGCAAGGAGCAGGGCUGGCUCAAAGCACCUCCCUUCUCUCCCUGGUUUUGUAGCAGCAAGCCCAGCUCACGGCGUGGGAACUCCUCGAGUGAGAAGAGGUGUCCUCUUUGCAAAUUCUGUUUGUAGAGCCGUGUGUUUUCCUCUUCAGGAAACUAAUUGUCAUAAAGCAUAGGUUUCAUGUCCUGCUGAGUUAAAUAAGGGAGAUGCUGGUCUUCCCCUUUGCUUUGGAGAUUCAAACCAAUGGCAGUUGCUUUAUUUUUUGUGCUGUUGCUUUGUCUGCAGGGAGAGGGAGGCAAUUUAAAGGCUCAGGGGUGCGGGGAAGUAAAGCUAUAUAUACAUAAAGACUGUUGUAAUGCUGAACACUAUAAAUUCAGUGGUGGAUUAAAAAAAGAAUGUAAAUAUGCAAUUAAUGCAGAAUUUUAUGGAUGGUCAUAAUUUAAUAUAUUGAGAACUUUGUAAAUACUUGGGAAAAAAAGUCUGUAAAGUGUGUAAAUAAAUGAGAUUUGUAUGUAGAGAAGAAUAAAAAGAAAAGUUUUUACUUUUUGCAAUGAAAUGCACGUGUUACUGCACCUCUCCCCCUAUCCUGAUUCUUAUUCUUCAUGUUGUGUGUCAGCCACGGAGGGGUCAUUUAGGACACUUUGUGGAAAUGUCAUUUUGAGUGAAAAGCUGGAAUACUUUAUGUUUGGAAAACGUUUUGCCAGUUUUCAUCUGGUUCCCUAAGCAAAGGUGCAGUGGCACUGUCUGUCUCUCCUUUCUUCCUACUAACGGUGUCUGUCCUUCCUUCACAAUUCAGCUUAUUUCAGCCAAACACUGAUGGAGGGGCAGAAGAUAAUAACCUCCAGAGCUGAAUAAGGCAGGCAAGGAGAGGAGAGAAAGCUCCCACUGCUACCAGGAUAAUGUGCAAACCUUGACAGGCACCCAGGAAGCCACGUUGAAGACCUUCAGGACGUGAGUCAGUAGAAAAGUCUUGCUGCUUCUGCAGUUCAGACUUGGGCCUUUUUGGAGCCCGCCAGUGUUGAGCUGAAGCCUUUACACCCCCAUCAGGUAGCGGCAUGGAGCUCCUGUCUCGUGCUGAGGCCGCUGGCUCCCAGGGGUGCAGCAGACUGGCUGUUCCUUGAGUGAGCAGCAGGAGAGCUGCAUUCCUCAUGCACUUACUAAUGCCGGCUGGACAUGAGCUUGUCAGCUCCAGGGUGGGGCUUGGACCUCGUGCUGUUAAUCUCCACGCUUCAGACAUUGGCUUCAGAAAGAACCAUUAGGGUAGGUUGGGAAGUUGGGAAAUUGUGCUGCACCCCCCUUCACCAGCAGCCGUGCCUGACCUUGCCAGAUGCUCUGGCUCUUACUCACGUCUCUCCAUGAGCCACGUGCCCUGGUUGUGACUCUUCCAGACCUGUUUUCCCCGAAAGCACUGUGUGUCCCAAUUUUUUUAAUCCUCAUUGCUCCAGUAAGGUCUAGUGAGGAUGCUGUAGUGCCAGGGGCUGCUUAAGGCUUAGCCCUUCAUCUCUGCAUCACUUUGAAAACACUGGUAGGUUCGCUGAGGUCUUAUCACUGCCUUGUUCCUCAUCUGCCAGGCCGUGCUGAGCUGGUAGGAGUUGGAUUCUGGUAUUGUUCCUUUCUAUUUGUUUCUCCAGGUCUCCAGGGAUGCAGCAGAGCUAUUGGAGUGUCUUGUGAAGGAGAUGGGUUCGCCUUGACCCAGACUCUAGGCAUGCUGUUGACCUUAGCAGUAAAUGUGAACUGUGAUGAGAUGUUAGCCUCAGACACUGCUUGCAGAAGUUAUUGGGCUACUGAAAGCAUUGUAGACUUUGGACCUAAUAAAGAAGUUAAUAUGUGGAGCACUGGAGCUGAGCUGGUCCCUGACUGAUGAAGAAAAGAGGAUCAUCUUGGAUGAGCAUAAUAAAUAUCGCUCGCAGGUCUCUCCUCCCGCUAUGGAUAUGCUGAAGAUGAGCUGGGACACGGAGCUGGAGGCUUUUGCCCAGGCCUAUGCAGAGAAGUGCAUCUGGGACCACAACAAGGAGAGGGGCCGACGGGGGGAAAACCUCUUUGCUAUGGCCCCAAUGCUGGAUCUGGAAUUUGCUGUGGAGGACUGGAAUGCGGAGGAGAAAUUCUACAACCUGACGACUUCCACGUGUGUCUCUGGGCAGAUGUGUGGCCACUACACCCAGGUGGUCUGGGCAAGCACGCACCGCAUUGGCUGUGGGUCAAAGUUCUGUGAGAAGAUUGAAGGAAUUGAAACAGAGGACAUGUACCUGCUUGUCUGCAACUAUUAUCCCCCGGGUAACAUGAAAGGCCGAAAGCCAUACAGGGAAGGACCCUCUUGUUCACAGUGUCCUGAGGACAGAGUUUGUGUCAACUCCUUGUGUGAACCCACUAUAGAAGAGACCACUCCACCCUCUGUGACAACAAAGCCAAGCCCAUCCACCCCAGUCGCACCAGAACGCACUACACCAGCACCCACCACAGUCACGGCCAAGCCAGAACCCACAACCAUGCCCUCAGCCACCACACCAGUAGCCACCACAGCCAAGGCAAAGCCACAGCCUGCUACAACCAAGGCAUCAUACACCACGCCAGCACUCACUGCUGCUACAUCCAAGCCAAAACCCACCAUGCUAACAACUACAGCCAAGCCGGCACCCACCACACCGAAACCAACAACCACCACUACAACCAAGCCAGCACCCACCACAACCACCACUAUGGCCAAGCCAGCACCCACCACACCAGAACCCACCACCACCACACCAAAACCCACAACAACCACCACUACAACCAAGCCAGCACCCACCACAACCACCACUUUGGCCAAGCCAGCACCUACCACACCCAAACCCACAACCACCACUACAACCAAGCCAGUACCCACCACACCAAAACUCACAACCACUACUACAGCCAAGCCGGCACCCACCACACCAGAACCCACCACCACCAUGCCAAAACCCACAACAACCACUACAACCAAGCCAGCACCUACUACACCAAAACCCACUACCACUAUAGCCAAGCCAGCACCCACCACAACAAAGCCUGCAAUGACCACACCAAAACCCACCACCACCACUACAACCAAACCAACACCAACCACACCAAAACCCACCACCACCACUACAACCAAACCAACACCAACCACACCAAAACCCACCACCACCACUACAACCAAACCAACACCAACCACACCAAAACCCACCACCACUACAACCAAGCCAACACCCACUAUGCCAAAACUCACAGCCACCACUUCAGCAAAGCCAAAACCUGCUACAGCCAAGCCAACACCCACUGCUGUAACAUCAGCAAAGCCAGAAUCCACCACCACAACAAAGACAGAACACACUGAAACUGAAAGUCCCAGUUAUAUUGUGACAACUGGGUUAAUGCUUUCCCUUGAGCCCACGUUAGACCCAGAUUAUAGAGUAUUUCCAGAAGCAGAGUUAGGUACUGAAGAGCCUGUUGCCUCCUUAACUACAGAGAAUCCAGACCUAUUAGAAAGUAUGGGCACAGCCAUCAGUCCCAAAGCAGUCCCAGAAACAAAUAAUGGUGUGAAAGAGGAUGAGAGAGAGAAAUCAGCCUUCUUUUCCAGUCCAACUCCAUCCCCCAGCCAGGUUAUUCCAGAGAUCAAGUUAGGUUUCAAUAAAGCUGAGCUCAUAACCCCCUCAAAGUCAGUGGUCUCCAGCCCUGAAGAACCCAUCUUCAUGCGUUUAACAUCAUCUUCCAAAGAAAAGGGGCAGAGCUCUGCUUUCCAGACCUCCCUCUCAGCAGAUGCCCAGAGCACUGAAGAACUGGACGUAAACUCAGACCAUGAAGGCAAGGAGCAGCCCACGGCUGGAGCUCCCAGUACCUGCUGGGGCCUUUCGCUCUUCCUCCUGCCCAGUGUCAUCCUGGUGGGCCUUCUGCUUUGAACAGUCUUUCUCAGCUGUCCCUGCACCGGUCACCAAGGCUUUCUUCAGCAUUGGUUGUCCCACCACCCUGGUAGGCUUGGGAGACACCACGGACAGUUCAGGUUGACACACACUCUUCUUCCUCUUGCUCACCGCUCCAGCCCUGCUGUGCCAAGGGCAGCUGGCCAUCACAUGGGCACUCAGUGCCCUUCCUGAGAUGGCCCAGGGACAGGAAGGUGUCUGCCAUCACGCUAGUGAACUUGGGCACCAAUGCUUCUCCUUUCUUCCCAGCCAGUCUGGGCUUCUGCUCUGUUUCUAAUAGGAGACGAUUAAGCUCUCAUUGCCCUGUGUGGCUGGCAGGUCCUGCUGCAUCACGUCCUGGGGAAAGCAGAAUGCCCUGGAAACCCAAAUGGCAAUGGGACAUGGUGGUUGGUUUUGGUAUUUGUUUGGAGGCAAGACACGAUUGUUGAGUCUGAUGUCUGUAUAUCAGGAUGGAUUUCUAACAGAAAUGCUCUCUUUCCCUCCUCAUGUGUCUGUUUGUCUCAGUUUUGGAGAAGUGUCAGCUCUUCCUUCCUUGUCCAAAAAUGGCAUUUUUGUCCACAGAAGAGGUUUGUGUUUCCUACUUCUGGCAGAGCUAUGGCCAGUGUCUAGACGUACUCCCUUCUCCUUCUGCCAUCCCUCUGCAGCCUUUGCCUCCUUCCUCACUUCUGCUGCCUGCAUGAACCCCUCCAGCAGUUACUCCAUUGUCAUGCCUUUAUUGUACGCGUGUGCCUGCACGUGUGUGCCCGCACAGAAGAAGAACCUUCAGCACUAGAGAGGAGUUACUGCUCCUUUCUUCUGCACGGCUUCCCUCGUUGCAGAACUUAAGUGGACGAUGUAUUUGCAGUUAGAUACAGAUCCUGGUUGACGUAUAUAUGUGAGUCCAGGAGGAAAAAUAAUUGGGUCUGCUGGUGCAAUUUCAGCUUGGGAGAGCCAAGCGAAUGACGUUAGAGGUUACCGGUGGUUCCAGGACCUGUUGCAGGAUGGCUUUCAUUCUCUGGAGCACUGUGUGCUGUAUUCCUCCACGUUUCUGCUCUGUUCAUCUCAAGAUUCCCAGUAGGGUGUGUUAAAUGUGGGACGAGUUUUGCAGACCAGCAGAAGGGACGAGAAGAUCUGGUCCUUUUCUGGUUGCUGCAUCCUUUGGUUUCUUAAAUAGAUGAGGUGGAGAACGACCUUAAGUCCAAUAUCUGCGUCCUCCCCCUGAUGCUGUGUGCUGUGCAUCUCCAGAGCAUGCACUGAAUAAAUCCUGUUCUGAAAGCC